AUGAUAUCGCGCAGUUUCUUGAAGGCCACAGGUGUAUUCCUCUUACUUCACUCGGCGCUUUCGCAGAACGCCGAUCCUUACAGUCCUACUGCAACUACUCUUCCUGGAGCGUUUCCAACCUCGGUGUACAGUUCAUACUACAAUGAUCCGACUGCUACGUCGGCCCAACCUCAGCCUGUCAUCUCUGACCCGGUGACACAUGAGAUCUAUCCGUAUAACUUGACGGAUCCGAACACGAUCCCUCGGAAUGAUACAUUGUCCCCGCAUCCCCUGCCUCCCGUAGCGUCGUCGGACCUGCUUCUUGAGGCUGCUUUCAAUCAGAUUGUAUCUAUAGCCAGCAAUCCAGUCUUCGCCGAUACGUGCACCCAAUGCCAAGCUGCGCUCGAAGUGGGCAAGUUCAUUGCCAUGACUCGCCCCGAGCUCGGGUCUCCCCUUGCAGUCCGGGUCUGCGAGUACUUCAACUACUCGUCUACACUUGGUUGCGAGACAGAUUAUGGCAUCUACUACCUGGGUUCGGUUGUCACCCAAAUUGCGUCCUAUGCAGACGUCGGAGGAUAUGACGGUCAGGGUCUGUGUUGGCACUUCUUGGGUCUGUGCCCUCGCCCUCCGACCAGUCCAUUGGACCUCACCAAUUGGUUUGCGAAGCCAAAGCCUGAUCCACUUCCGCCUCCAAAGCAGCCUAGCGGACAGUUAAUCAAGGUCCUACAUCUCUCUGACAUGCAUCUCGAUCCCCGUUACACGAAUGGCGCCGAAGCUAACUGCUCUUCGUACCUGUGCUGCCGUGACAACGUUUACAAUGCCGACUCUCCUGAUGAAAUCGUUCUCCCUGCCUCCCGCUAUGGUGCCUACUCUUGCGACACACCGUACUCUCUCAUGUGGGCGGCUCUUGAAGCUAUCCCAACUCUCACAGGUACUGAGGAGACGCCCUUCGAUUUCAUGGUAUACACCGGUGAUCUCGUCUCUCACGACCCUGACAAUCAGCUGUCAAGGCAGUACGUGAUGUAUACAGAGACUGUCAUGUACGACCUGAUGAAGCGUCUGAUCGGCAAUAAUCCUGUGUAUCCGGUAUUGGGCAAUCAUGACACUCACAACGAGGCCCAAAAUGCGCCGUAUUCUAUGGGGGGCUAUAUGGCUGAGCAGUUUAAUUGGGAUUACGAUCAUGUCUCCUCCCUCUGGCAGAUUGCAGGCUGGCUUCCCGAGUCCGCUGUCCUAACCGCUCGUACUCAUUAUGCUGCUUACAUGGUGGAGCGUGCGGACGGUCUGAGGAUUAUCGCUCUGAACACGAACUUCUGGUACGAUGAUAACUACUACAACUACCUCAACCAGUCUACCUCUGACCCCUCCGGCGUGCUGAGAUUUGUCACUGACGAAUUACAAGACGCUGAAGAUGCAGGUGCUCGCGUCUGGAUUAUGGGCCACGUUCUUAGCGGAUGGGAUGGCACUAACGCUUUGAUGAACCCGACGAACCUCUUCUAUCAGAUUGUCGACCGUUAUUCCCCGCAUGUUAUUGCCGCGAUCUUCUUUGGCCAUACCCACGAGGAUCAGUUCGAGAUCUUCUAUGCAAACAACGGAACGAACAUGAGUGUAGAGACGGCUCAGACGGUAGCAUGGAUCUGCCCAUCUCUGACGCCUUUGACCAACUUAAACUCAGGCUUCCGUGUUUACGAAGUGGACUCUGCCACGUUCGACAUAGUCAAUGCCUACACGUGGAAAGCCGACGUCAACUCAUUCCCUGCUCUCGACAAUCAAACUGCGUAUGGACCAACGUACUCGUUCGAGUACAGUACGCGUGAAGCGUACGGCGAGAGCGUCGACUGGUGUCCCAAUGAGCCUCUGAAUGCUACUUGGUGGCACUUAGUCACUGAGGCCAUGGAAGCCAAUAGUACCCUGGUCUCUUUGUUCAAUACUUACCAGGGGAAAGGCUCCAUCAUGACCGAGCCGUGCACGGGUGAAUGUGCCAUUGCGAAAGUCUGCUACAUGCGCAGCGGCAGCUCCAGUCUUGCCUAUGCCAAUUGUCCGGCAGGCUACGGUUCCGUUCAGUGA